CUCAGAACUGCUCAAAAUACUUGGUCGUCGGGUUGAGCUGCUCGAACUCAAACGAACUCAUGACGGUUUAACUACAGUCCUUUAUUGCCUUCAGCCAGCGCGGUGCUAUGGCGGCGAUCGCAACACAAACUAUCGAUGCGCCUACUGCUGGCUUGGAACAGGUUCUAUACCGGCUUCAGGAAAAGCGUGUAGCGCUUGAGAAAGUCGUAUUGCAGUAUGGAGAAGCGCCAGCCGGAAUCAAGGAGGUGUUUGAGCUGUGCAGAGGCUUUGAACGCGCCUAUACGAAUUUCAUCAAUGAGUCUCCCGUCGCCAGUAAGAUUAAGGAGGCUUUCUUGAAUGAAUCGGGGCUGGCUGGCAAGAUAAAGAAGCUGCCUAUGGACAAGGUCUUCGAGUUGAAGAACGUCAAAUCGGUUUGUCGCCAAGCUGAUGGUUACUAUCCCAGCCUGAUAGCGCCGGAGAAUGGGCUACGGGAGCUUUCCAACCAGGCCCUGGAAACGCUCACUGAACCGGUCAAUGUGUGCGUGCAGGAGGUUUACAACCUGUGCCUCAACGCCGCACGAGAGGCCGCGGAGAAAGCGGGGCAGUUUACGGAGGCGGCCCUCAUGGGCGCGAUGCCCAUGUACGUGCCAGACUUCAAGAACGUGGUCAUGCCAGCCAUUGUCUCAGCAUUGGAUGAGUGGAAGAAGGACAGUGAGAAGAUGGCGCACAUGUUGGUGGACAUGGAGCGCUCUUACAUCACUGCUGGAUUCUUUCGCCACACCACCCACCACCGCUACCAGAAGAUUAAGCAGCAGGAGCAGAUGCGCGCCGCCAUGGCGACCAAGGGCACAGGCGACGUCAAGGGCAUCGCCGCGUCUGCCAAGCAAACGGCUGCCAAAUUCUUCCCAUCGUUUGGCCCAGCGGCGGGAGCAUCGCCCGCACCACCUUCUGGCACGCCACCACCGGCCAACGGCGCCUCGGUUGCCGACGACGACUCGGAUGAUGGCAAGUCCCCUCCACGCCCUGCCAACGGUGGGAGCUCCCUCAACGUGUCCAAUGCCGAGGACUUCAUCGCCUCCUACUUUGACAAGUACGUGUCCGACGACUCUGCCCGCUUCCUGGAGGCCAUGAAGUGGCAGCGGCGGUUCUUUGUCUUCUCGGAGAGCCAGCGCGUCCUCUACUACUUCAGGAGUCCCGAGGAUGUGUCCAAGCCGGCCGGCCUGAAGGGCCAAGUCAACAUUGCGGAGUGCAUCGUGGAGGACUUGGACGACAGGGGCAGCGCGCGGCCGCCCAAUGCGGGACCCGUGUCGCUUAACACGCAGGACAAGGGGCAGCUCAUGAUCCGCAUCCGACACAAGGACCCCCGCGGCGUGGUGGUCAAGGACCACAACGGCAUCAUAUUGCGAGCGGAGAGCAUGGACACCAAGCUCACAUGGCUCGUGAAGCUGCGGAAGGCCGCGGAACCACGGCGGCCGCCCAACGCCCCUGGCGCAGCGCCGGCUGGGCAACAGCCGCUCCAGCCGAGCGCUGGUCCAGCGGCGCCGGGGGCCCCUGUCGCCGGGCCCGGAACUAGUGCUCCUGGCGCUGGGCCCGUGGCAGCGACUGCCCCAGUUCCCAGCAGCACGGCAGCGCCUGGGGGUUUCGGCAUGGGCGUCUUUGGCUCGACUUUUGACGACGGCGACCUCAGCUGGGCCAAGGAGGCGGAGCCCGUGCUGGAUACACACCUGGGCGAGGGCUCCUCGGCAUUCAGGGCUGACACAGUUCGCGACUCGGAGGGCAGGCUGCUGCCCGCGCCCCAGAUGUUGCUCAACCCGCUGCGGCUCAAGGAGCGCAUGGCACGGGCCGCCGCAGCUAGUGCCCCCUGGGAGGUCCGCUACGAUGCACUGCUGGACCAGUUCUCUGCGGACAUGCAGCUCUACAUGUCGUGUAUUUGCGAUACCAUCACCAUCACAGUGCCCAAGGCCAUUGUGCACUGCAUGAUUCGCAAGUCCGAGAAGAACCUUUUGGAGCGGCUCUUCACUGUCAUCCACCACCUGACUCCCAUGCAGCUGGAGAACCUGCUGCGGGAGGAUGAGCCCAUCAUUGAGAAGCGCAAGGCGGCACGGGCGUGCCUUGAGGACGUCAAGACCGCCAUAUUCCAGGUGCAGCAGGUUCUCGAGCGACAAAACAUGUCAGCGCCUGCGGACCGGAAAGACAGGGUGAAGCUACAGGCCCUUGUGUUUGCGUAUGCGGGCAUCCGGGAAAUGCUCACGCCCGAGCAGUACAACUACUUCAACGGCAAAUUCAACGACAACCGACGGGGCCGCAUGCAGGGGCCCCGCCGCCGGGUGUUGUGCCACCACGUGGACCACACAGGCGCCGGCGGGCCACCUCCGCCACCACGGCCGGUCGGGCCCGGCGCGGUUAUACGGCGCCCACCGCCGAGUGUUCCGGCGGGAACGCCAAUGGGAGCACCAAUGGGGCAGCCGAUGGGACCGCCCAUGGCAGCGCAGCGGCGGCCACCGCCGCCACCGCCGGCUGUUCUUGUGGUAGCAGUAGCAGAUUACCUGAUAUGGGAAACUUCGCAGGGGCCUCUUGCGGGUGCAACGGGUCGAGUUAUCGAAUUAACAAUGUAUACAAUGCAGCGGGCUCUGAAGUCUGAGUCGUCGAUUGUCUUUGGGUCAUAAUUCUGGACUUAUCAGGAUGGUUCUGUAUGUGUUUGGGAAUGGGGACGUGGUAAGCGUCCGAGCGAUGAUGUGAAACGGUGAACCUUUGGCGGCUGUUUGAACUCUACGAAAGUGUGAAUCCAGAGCGGGAGGAGAUUAUGGAGGACGGAAGGGAUGUACAUGUGCUCUUUGUGACACUGCAUGUCGGCAUUUGGACAUUAAAAGGGAAUGGCAUGGUUGCUGCUGGACUUCGCACAGACUUCAGAUUUGGUGGAUCAAUGCUAUGACUCAGUUCCU